CUUUUUGAAAAUUUGGUUCAGAGUGUACAUGCAAUACUAUCAUCGAAGAUAAAGAUGUUGCACCGCGUGAAGUAUGAUCUUUUUCACAAAGACUCGCCUGACGCGUGGGAGAUAGACCACGACACGCGCAAGGCUACAUAUAGUGGUUCGUUUGCAGUCACAACUAUUUUUGCUGAUGGACGUCGCACGUCAGACUAUCACAUUGGAGAGUUGGAGUUCUCGCUUCCUCAACCGGAUGAGUCGCAGGAAGAAGCCCCUGUCGAGCAGAUGGUGGACACAUCUGAGGAAGAGGAUCCGGAGGAGGAGACCAUUUCGGAGAUGAUCGAAAGGAUGAUUAAGGAAAAGUUGGAGACAUUCAUGCGCAACUUUUUCUUGGAAGUUCUGGCACCCCUCUAGAGCCAAGGAGUUGUUGAUGUCCAUGAAGCAUUUUUCUUUUAUUUUCUUCUGUCAAG